AUCAAAACUAACACCCAUGCGGAACGCCGUAACUUGAUUUUGUUCUCUUAAAAUAGACAUGAUAUUUGUAUAUUGUGUGAACAGGCACCUACUUGUAUUCUUCAUUGGUGUGACCAAUCAAUCAAGAUUCAAACAAGAAAAGCACGGAGAUCAAAAGGACUUUCAGAUCUAACACAAACAACAGAAAUUGAAAAUUCAUAUUUUACUGCAAAAUGGAAGACGAGCGUCACGAGUUUCCGGAAGUGAUCGAGUUAUGUAUUGGCGGCACCCACAACUACACCGCUUUGCGAAGCACGUUGACACGUGAUGAGAACAGCGUCCUGGCGGCCAUGUUUACUGGCGGUCAGCCCGUCCACAAAAGCAAAGAAGGAAGGUACUUCCUUGAUGUGGAUGGGCCAACAUUUAAGACCGUACUAGAGUACCUCAAGUUCGGAACAUUUCCAACGCUAAGUACAAAUAGAUCAAGCUCUGGGAUCUUUGGAGGUGAACAAUUUUUGUCGUACAAAAAUUUUGAUGAAGUCAAAGCCAUUUAUCGAACGGCAUCAAGCUUGAAACUGGGUCAGUUGACAGAGUUCCUUGAAAACUGUUUCCCAGUUUAUGUGGACGUAAAGCUGGAAAAGUACCGAACCUCGACAGUGGGCUACUUUGAAAGUUUGGCGCAAGUGCUGGCAACCAUCCCUCCUCAAAGUCUGCUGCUACAGCGGCAUUUCAGCGUGAGGCUGGUGAACAAUUCUGACUUCAAGAUCACGCCCGCGUGUUGUGAGCACGUUUGUCAGUACAAUGAAAAGACCACAACGACUGCAGGGUUUGGCGGGUUUGGAGGGCAAACCGUAAGCAGUUACAGUGUUGAUGUGGUCGUCAAGGUUGCAGUCGAAGUGGACUGCACUCUGUUGUCGUUUCUUUGCUAUGACCUGGCGGAGCGGGGGUUCGACGUUCAGGGCAGAGAGUCGAGCUGCUACAACGUGUGUAGCAAGCGCCAAAAUGUAUUUGGUGGAAGCGUCAUCAGGAACACACAAUGCUGCAGACAGGAGCUAUUCAUACUGCACUUCCGUUGGCAACUGCAUACUGCCACUGUAGCUCGACAACCGGGGUUGACGUUUGGUUUUGGACAACAACCAGUAACUGGUAGCUGUUUCGGUCAGGCUCAAAUAACUCAAAGUCCACAAGGAUUUGGCUUUGGCUCUGGGCCCGAUCAGCAAGGUGGAGGUUCGUCUUCUUUCGGGUUUGGUCAGGCUCAACCAACUCAAAGUCCACAUGGAGGACCGGGGUUCACGUUUGGUUCUGUACAACAACCAACAACUGGUGGCCUUUUCGGUCAGGUCCAAACAACUCAAAGUCAACAAGGCUUUGGCUUUGGCUCUGGAUCCAGUCCGCAAGGUAGCGGUUCUUCUUCUUUCGGAUUUGGCCGACAAAAUCCCGUAGCCGGAUUUGGCCAGCCUCAAACCACAUCGUCGUGCUUUGGUGCAGGUAAAACACGUGAAUUUUCUUUAAGUCAAAACGUGGCAGUUUCAAAAGGGUUUGGUCAGUCAGAUCCAGUAGAUAGCGUGACACAAACUGCCACGGGAACGCAAAAAUCAGGGCUUUUCGGGACAUCACAACCGGGGCCUUUCGGCACACCAGCGCCGAAGAUUUUUACCGGAUUUGGGAUUUCCUCGUUCGGUGGUACGCCCAAAUCUGCAUCGGUUUUUACAGAUACCAAACAGGAAACACAGAAGCAAACCUUACCAUCCGCUUCAUUUGGCUCGCCUUCGCCUCAAAUGGAAUCCUUGUUUGGUAAAAGCCCAACAUCAUCUAAUGUGUUUGGUGGUAAGGCUGUUUUUCACAACCCUAUCGGUGCCCAACAGGUUCAGCCAAGCUCGACAUUUGCUGGCUUUGGUCUCGUUAAGUCGGAAGUCAAAGAAAGUGACUAAUACCUGGAGGUCAGUCUGACCGUUCCGUACAACGGAAUGUACAUGUAUAUGCAAUGUUUUGGAGUUUGCCUUUAUUAUGGAAGACAUACAUUUUGUUACGAUGUCUCGUAUAUUGAAAGGGACUUGUUCACAGUUGAGCACAAUGACAAUUUUCCCCAAAAACAAAUUUCCAAAUAUCGGUUCGUUCGUUUAUGGACAAUAAGCAAGCGACAUCGUAAAAAGAGUUUGUAAUACUUUUCAUUGGUAAUUUAGCAAAAGCGUAUUUCAACCUCAUGAAUAUAUCGUUUAAAGGGACCUUUUCACAGAUUUUGGAAUGUAUUGAAGUUUGUAAUUCAAUGCUUGAAAUUGAUAAAUGUGAAAAUUAGGACUAAAUCUCAAGCAAAACACAAGAAUAAAUUUAAAGUAAUAAGAAAGUUAUCCUCAAUUGGGCUCGUACCACUGACCCUUUGAGUAAAAGUCUUACACUAAAACCACUCGGCGCUCCGUGCUCAUACAGUGAAUGGUGUAUUUUAUACCUCAUAUAAGCAAUCCUCGAAAUGUCACAAAAUAUAACGACAACAACAGAACUCUCCAAAUUAUUCAUUCGUUUCGCCUUUGUAACGCUUUAUAAUUUUCAGGUCUUUAAAUCGUCAACAGAUGCAUAUUAUUGUUAGACCGUAGUAAAUGUUCAGUAUUACUGUUUCCUCUCAAAUAUCAUAACUACAACGAAAAUAGUAAAACUGUUAGCAACGUAAAUAAGCAAACCUGAAAUAUUUUUUUUUCAAUUUUGUAAACUUACCAAAACGUGAAAAGGUCCAUUUAAACUAUCCAAUAAAAGAAAAAGUCUGGGUGGUGUUGCGGUAGCGAGAUAUCAUUUGCUUCGAGAGGUCCGGAAUUCGAGCUCAGGGAACGGCACAUUAAAAAUGUGUUUCCUUCGUAUUCGUAUUAUUGAAAGCUGUUUCGAAUAUAACGAUUUUGUUUAAAAAUUAAUUUAAUGGCAUUUGUCAAAAAUACGAAAAUCUGUGAACACGUCCCUUAAAACGUUUUACUAAUUUCGUGACUUAUACGUACAAACACAACUAAAAAACAUGCGUUCUGUGAAGUGUAUAUAUGUUAGCUAAGAUGUGUUGCUGAUGAAGCAAAUUAAAAGGGCCUUUUCACGUUUUGGUUAAUUGACAAAAUUAAAAAAAGAAAUGUUUCAGAUUCGCAAAUUUUCGUUGUAGUUAUGAUAUUUUAGAGGAAACAGUAAUACCAUACUCUAAAAUAUCUAUUAUACGAAUCUUUAGAGGAUUUAAAAACCUGAAAAUUAUAAAGCGUUGAAACGCGAAACGAUUGAAAAAUUUGGAGAGUUCUUUUGUUGUCGUAAUAUUUUGGGACUACUAUUACUACUCGGAUUGCUUAUAUUAAGUAUAAAACACAUCACACAUUGUAUGGCGACGAUUGGCCGAGUGGUCUAAGCGAUAGACUUUUACUCCAGGGGUCAGUGGUUCGAGCCCAGUUGAGGGUUUAUUGUUUUUUCUUUCUUUAAUUUUAAUCUUGUUUUUUUACUGGAGCUUUUUGUAUCCAAUAUUUACAUUUAUCAAUAUAAAGCAUUUUAUGACAAAGUUCAAUACAUGCCGAAAUCUGUGAAAAGGAAUUUUAAUACAGGAAAUGAUAUCUUGCAAAUCAUUGAUAAUUUGUAUUCCUUCUGUAGGUUGAACGAGAAUGUCAUGCCAUUCAGAACGUGAAGAACGUGUGUAAAGUUUCAAUUACCACAAUUACCAGAGUAUUAUAUGAAUAAUUUAGUAUUGACCGCGUAUAUUGUAGACACUUGUGAGUUUAAAGGUAAAUUAUAGCGUAUGUACUGAAAUCUAUUUUCAUGUUUAAAACUGUACAACAAAUGUAUGUGUAUGUGUAUAUAUGCUUAAACCAUUAAUAAAUGUUUUAAACUGCAUAUUCAUAUAUUAUUCUUAUAAUUAAAUUUUCGUUUUACUGUAUCUAUUUUUUUUUGUAUAUAAAUUUUAGUUUUGCUAUGUAAAGAUAAUAUUUUUAUCACUGCUAUCGGUAUUAUUAGUGUAUAAAUAAUAAAUAUAAUAAAUAUAUUUUUAUCAUUAUUGUGAAAAGACAAUUUAUUUAUUUUACUCUAAUUACAUCAUCAGGUUUUUAAAUACACCUCUCCAACUUUUUUUAACAACUUUGACUCCAGUUAUCCUCACAAAUUUUUUUUAACAUCGAAUCAUUAUUCAUAUUUUGUUUGUUUGAAAUGCAAAUACGUUGCUAUGUUUGUAAAUAGUUUACUGAGAAAGGAACCGUACUAGCUUAGCUAACGUUCCAAUCCUAUAAACUUAAUAUGUUUGUUACUUAUUUUGUAAACAGAUUUUGAACUAAUAAGGUAUCAACAAAUAUGGUUGCAGUAAAUAAUUAUCUUUUAGUUGUUCCUUUUAAUAAAAACUGUACUGCUAG